UAGAUAGAUGAUAACCGAUCAGUCUUAAUAAUCGAGUUCACGGUUUUCUUUGUUCUUUUUAUUUUCUCCAUCAAAGUAAAUAAAUAAAUAAAUAAAUAUCAGAAUCCGCCAAAGCAGAAGCAGAAGCAGAAGUUGAAGAAGAAGAAGAAGAAGAAGAAGCAGAAACGAUAAGAGAGAAAAAAGAAAGAAAAAACAGAGUGAGAUAAUAAUAAUAGACUCAAAACUAUCUUUCCGUUCUCUUCUCGUUUCUCUUUCGCUUAACAUUACUGUUUCUAACUCAUUCAAGUUCAACUUCCAAACAAGGCCAUAACCAGAGGACACAAAAGAAGAAAGAAGGAAGAAAUGGAGGCGACGGCGGCUACGACGUCGUUUCGUAAAAUACGAUCUAUUGAUGAGGCAGUGGAAGAGAUCAUGAGAAUUCACAGAUCGUUGCCGGAAAGGCCAGGAAUUGAGGAGGUCGAAGCAGCAAAGGCAUUAAUUCAGAAUGUAGACAAAGAGGACCAAGGCAGAAUUGAAGCUAUUUCGAGGCAGACUAAGAGUCCUGAUGUUCCUGGAGAGCUAUUUGUUAUAUUGUUAGAGAUGCAAAAGAAUUUAGUUUAUUUUCAAGGCAAAGAACAGAAAAGAGAUGCUUUGAAAUUGCUUGAUCUUGAAAACGUUCACUCUCUGUUUGAUGAUUUUAUUCAAAGAGCUUCUAAAUGCUUGCCUCUUUCUUCUUCUUCUUCUUCAUCUUCAUCUUCUACUACUACUGCUGCUGCUGCUGCUUCGGCGUUGUCUUCAUCAUUUACUUAUGCUAAUGGUUCUGCUUCUACAGUUUCCACUUCUAAGCCUCCUGCAUCGACUUCUACUAAUAAAUCUUCUUCAAAUUUGAACUAUAGUGAGCAAAACUCUUCACGGACAGAAUUGUUUACUAGAGAUGAUAGUUAUGUAAAGAAGGUUAGGUCUUCCUUUUAUUCUGAUGGAAUUGGAGCUGCCGUUUCGUCUAUGCCUAGGAUUGUGGAUUCCACUCUCAAAACUGCUACUACUACUUCAGGUCAAGAUGGUGACAAGUUGAGUCUAAUAAAACUUGCUAGUUUAAUUGAAGUCUCUAAGAAGAAAGGCACUAAAGAUCUCAACCUCCAAAACAAGUUGAUGGAUCAGAUUGAAUGGCUACCUGACUCAAUUGGCAAGUUGUCAAACUUGGUUUCUCUCGACUUAUCUGAGAACAGGAUUGUGGCCUUGCCGGCCACCAUUGGAGGCCUUUCGUCCUUGACAAAGUUGGAUUUGCAUUCUAAUAAAAUUGCUGAACUCCCUGAAUCUAUUGGAGAUCUUCUUAGUCUUGUCUUUUUGGACUUGAGGGCUAACCACAUAUCUUCUCUGCCUGCUACAUUUAGCAGACUGGUACGCCUUCAGGAGCUUGAUUUGAGCUCAAAUCACCUCUCCUCUCUCCCUGAAUCUAUUGGUUCACUCAUUAGCUUGAAGAUUUUAAAUGUGGAGACUAAUGACAUUGAAGAAAUUCCACAUAGUAUUGGUCGGUGUUCUUCACUAAAAGAGCUUCAUGCAGACUAUAACAGGCUUAAGGCGCUCCCAGAAGCUGUAGGAAAGAUAGAAACCCUAGAGGUUCUUUCUGUGCGUUACAACAACAUCAAACAGCUACCUACAACUAUGUCGUCUCUAUUAAACCUGAAAGAGCUCAAUGUGAGUUUCAACGAGCUUGAGUCGGUGCCUGAGAGUUUGUGUUUUGCUACCUCACUUGUCAAGAUUAAUAUUGGGAACAAUUUUGCUGAUCUGCAAUAUCUACCGAGGUCUAUUGGGAACCUUGAGAAUCUUGAGGAGCUCGACAUUAGCAAUAACCAGAUACGGGCCCUUCCAGACUCUUUCAGGAUGCUAACAAAACUACGCGUCCUACGUGUAGAACAAAAUCCUUUGGAAGUGCCACCACGACAUAUAGCUGAAAAGGGUGCUCAGGCUGUUGUUCAAUACAUGGCUGAGCUUUUUGAGAAGAAGGAUGUGAAGACACCCAUAAAGCAAAAAAAAAGUUGGGCUCAAAUAUGCUUUUUUUCAAAGUCUAACAAAAGGAAGCGCAGUGGGAUGGACUAUGUGAAAGCUUGAAUUUCAGCAAUUAUAACACAUUAUAUGACAAGGCCGUUCGUUAUGUUGGGGUAUUUAGCAGCUUAUAAAGCAGAUGGCUCAGUGCAACAAAGAAAAUUCAACGCUUGAAUCAUUGGACUCGGUUUGUAAAACAUGGCUCUUACACUUGCUCCUCAAAUUGUAGAUUUACCUUCUUUUUUUUUUCCUCCUCUUUUCUUCUUAUAUAAUUGGUUUCAAUUUACUUCAUUUGUAUCUGUUGUUCUUGAACUGUAAUGAGAUGUAUAAUUUAGUCGGCAGAUAGGAAGGGAAGAAUAUAUAGUGUUCUCCAUGUCCAUCAUUGUUGUAUGAACUUUGACUUUACUCCCGUUACCACUUCAUCAGAAUCUUUUUUUUGAACA